AGGCCUACCGUACACAGUAAUAAUCGAGCGAUUCUGACUGAGCAAGCUGAUACAAGUCAACGCAAAAUAAAUACAUUCCUAGGUCAUAUAUCUGUCAAAAGCAAUUCCUGCUAGCUCAGUGAGUUAGGCGACAGACUGGAGAUACAACGGAGACUCAUCGAGAGGUUCGAGUCCAACCAGAAGUUAUCAUGGAUGACUACAAGUACACAGUAAUAGAAAAAGUUAGACAGAUGCCUCUGCUGUGGGAUCCAGAACAUUUUGAUUAUAAAAACAAGGAUCAACGACAGCUAGCAUGGGACAAGCUUGAAAGUGAUAUGAAGCCGCCCAAUAAAGGGGUGACAGUGAAACAAACUUGGGAAGGCUUGAACCGUGCUUUCAACAGUGCCAUGAGUCGACGAAAAAAGAAGACAUCCGGUAGCGGCCAAGGCAACGAUAAGCCAUGGAAAUUCGAAACAUCAAUGGGUUUUUUGAAAGCUGUCAAAGAGAGAAGGAGCACUAUAUCCAAUCUGGAGGAGAUUGAUGAUUCUGAUAGUGAUGAGAAUUGGAGUAGAGUGGUAUUGGAACAGGCCAUAGAUAAAUCGGGCAUUUAUGACGUCCAUGAUGAUGACGAGGACAACAUGGCUCCAUCAACGUCAUUCAGACCCAUUCCUCAUAAACCCAAUUCAAAGAGGAAGGCAACUGAUGAUGUGUAUGACGACACACAAGCUGGAUUGUACAAAGUUAUGACCCAAUGUCUGGAAGAAAAACAAACAUCCCCUCGACUGAAGUUCUUUGAGUCAAUUAUGCCACAGGUUGAUGAAAUGACAGAUGAUUGUUUUUUAGACUUCCAGAUAGAAGUUCUGAACUCUCUCAAACGUUUCCUAUAUGAUCCUGGCCCCGAUUGCUCAAACUACAGUCACCCAAUGACCCCAGCAACAUGAUUAAUGUCAUCGUCAGAUUUUUAUUACAAGAAAACUAUAAAAAAAAACUGACCCAACUCCACAGGGGAUCAUUUUGGGCAAAUCAGUUAAAACUGAUUUAAUUAAAUUUGUUUAAUUAUAUUAUAUCUGAUCAUGAUAUAAAGCACUGUAUCAGAAUAUCAGUCUGUAUAUGUCGUUCUUGUUUUUUUUUUUGUUAACCGUCAAGUUUCAGUUAAUCGGAGGAAGUCAAUUUGUCUCGCCUGCAUAGCAGAGCUAGACUAUAGGUGCAAAAGCGGCGGCAGCGUCAGCAUUGCAAUCUUAACCUAAGGUUAAGAUUUAAAAUGUCAUCAUAACUUAAAAAAUAUACGGACUAGUUCAUGAAACUUGGACAUAAGGGUAAUCAAGUAUUACCGGACAGCUCAGUCGGUAGAGCGGGGGUUUCGGAUUCAGGUGACCCGAGUUCGAUUCCCAAGUGGUGCGCUAGUGCCCUUUGGUAAGGGAUUUAUCCUCAUUUCCAGGUCCCUCGGAGAGGACCUUAAGCCAUUGGUCCCCUGGUUGCUUGCUCACAGGCAUUCGUGCUUUCUUAGCAGUCAGGUAAAAAAACCUCGGUAUAUAAGUUUCAGGUCACGUGACCAAGGUCAAUGGUCAUUUAAGGUCAAUGAACUUUUUGCCAUAUUGGGGGUAUUUUGGGGGAUUGCCAUUAUAACUGAAAGUUUAUGGAUCUAGUUCAUGAUGAAACUUAUCAAAAGAGUAAUCAAUUAUCACUAAACGCCCUGUGCGAGUUUCAGGUCACAUGACCAAGGUCAAAGCUCAAUGAACUUUGGCCAAGUUCGGAGUAUUUGUUAGAUUACCAUCAUAACUUAAAAAGUUUACGGAUCUGGGGCGGUAUUCUGAUGUCAUUUGAUCUUUAAAAUUUUUUUUUUUUAUCUCUUAAAAUGAAAUUGGUAUUCUGAGAUGACAUUUUAUCUCUCAGAUAAAAUUAAAAUUUUUAUCUUGCGUAUGAAUUUUAUCUUGCGUAUCUUUGAUGAUACGCAAUAGAGCAGUGGCUGCGUAGACAUACCCAUCGCGUAGCUGGCCAUUGCAACGCGAGUGAUGUGCUUGCGCCUAAGUUACUUUGAAGAAAAAAUAUAAUAAACUUAAAAGAGGGUAGGGGCUAUUUUAUCUCCGCGACGUUGAUUUCGUCAAUAUUUCUAGGUGAAUUAACUCCAAAUGUUGACAUGAAAAUGAAGAAAAAUUGUAUAUUCAUUGAGACACCUUAAAGUUAUUCCUGUACAAUCGGGAAGUAUUUUCAUAAGACUUUCCUUGACUAAUAUUGUCUUUGAAGUGAUGCUUGAAAAGUGCAAAAUAGACUUCGAAAAAAAGAUGAGAGUAUUGUCAGUUUUGUCAAAAAGAAAUCUCUGAAAGACGCGCAAGCGUAUAGUGCAAGCGUAUUUGAAGGCAAUAAAUUGACGCAAUCUCACCUCUUCGCCACACCUCCUCGCGGAAUGGAUUUCCAUUGGUUGAGUGAUAUGAGAGAGAUAUAAAAGCGCGUUUCUAAUUGGAUAUUGAUUAAAAAAUAGGUGUGUCUUACAGAUAUAAAAUAAAGAUAAAAUUGUUCUCAGAAUACCAAUUCAUAGAGAUUUUAAGGGCAUUUUAUCUCACUGAUUUUAACGGAUAUAAAAUGUUUCAUUUUAUCUGAGAUAAAAUGGAUCUCAGAAUACCACCCCUGAUUCAUAAAACUUGGACAUAAGAGUAAUCAAGUAUCACUGAACAUCCUGUGCAAGUUUCAGGUCACAUGACCAAGGUCAAAGGUCAAUGAACUUUGGCCAUUUUGGAGGUAAUUAUUAAAUUUCUGUCAUAACUUUCAAAGUUUGUGGAUAUAGUUUAUGAAAUGUGGACAUAGGGUAAUCAAGUAUCACUGGCAAGUCUUAGGUCGCAUGAUCAAGGUCAAAUAUCAUUUCGGGUCAUUGAACGUAGUAUUGUAUCGUUAUAUGAAUGUUUUUUGUGAAUAAUUUUUUAUAGUAGUUUUCAAAGCCAACACUGCUGCUAUAUUAAAUCGUAUAAUGCAAGUGAGACUGCCAGAUGCACUCCACUGGUUUAAUCAUAGAGUUGGGUCGACUUUGCAUUCAUACAAAAGUUUGGUACAUGUCUAUAAUAAAAUAUUAGUUCUGCUACAUAGCAUCGUUAUCAAGCACGUUACAUGUAUUUAUUUUUGUGUAUGUAUGGUGAUUCGGUGUGUGAGCUGUGUUGUGUGAUAGUGAUGAUGUGAGUGAUAUGCAUUUAAGCGCAAGAUUAUUUAACCCUAAUAAGACGGGUAGGGGGCUGAUUAACCCCCCCUCAAAAUUUUGUGACCUCAUUGCUCGCUGGCUUUCUACUUUAAGUCUGGCGCAAACUUUUGAAAUCAAAAUUGUGACCCCCAGGUACGCGGUUCCAAAAUUACGGAAAAUUUUGUAAGUGCAUGCAGACCUAAAAUUGCUCAAAAAGUGAAUUUGUGUACAAAUCCAAUGCAAAUAGUGUUUUUAGCCAAAAUUCAUAGAUGUAUCAUUAAAUUAUCAUU